AUGGGUCUUCUUUCACUCGCUACCACUUUCUUGGCCUUUGGCUCUGCAGCGUCUGCGGCGAGUCUGGCUAAGCGUAACAGCAAUAGUCAGAAGCUCACACCAGUGUCGGAGUCUCGUUAUGACUCAAGCUACGGUUAUGUCUGGUACCAGGAUAAUGGCCAAUGGUCUGUCCGCUUUACGGCCUGGCACAUUCCAGGACUUCUGCAUCGCGCCAAGGGCGAUGAUGUGAAGACUGCUGUCAAGGCUAUCGAAAAUGUCUUGGCGAACCAGUUGAACAGCAACUUCAGCUCUCCUUGGUACGGUACUUUCAAGCUCUCGCCGGAUGAGCCUGACCCUACUCCCAAUGGACCUCUGUACCCUCCUAGUAUCUAUGGUACUUAUGAUCCCAACUGGAGGGAAUUUGUCGGUACCCAGCUUAUCCAGGUUGUCGAGGAGUUUGGACAUCUUCUACCAGCUGGUCUUGAAUCUCGCAUCGAAGACGCCCUUGAGGCUGCUGCAAUUGGAGGAAUGCGUCGCAACGGAUCUUUCCCAUUGGGCGACAACCUGAUUCUUGGUUACUCCAACCCGGGCAUCAUGCGAGCUCUCACUACUGGCUGGGUCGGAAAGCGCAAGAACAACAAAGUCCUCAUCGACUUUGCCAAGGAGCAGGGCAACGAUCUCCUGAAGCUUUUCAAGCGAUGCCAGAAUUCGCUGUCUGAGUACAAUGCGCCAAACUACUAUGGCAUAGACAUUUGGGCUCUUGCGGCAAACAUUGCUUAUGGUCCAAAGGAUGCUCCCAUGACCAAGAACUCAGUGUUGAUCCUCCAGGAGAUGUGGAAGGACAUUGCUGCUCACUAUAACCCUUAUCUCGGCAACAUGGUUGGGCCUUACGAUCGUGCCUACAGUCGUGAUGCCACCACUCACUCUCAGAUUCUUUCCAUGAUUCUCUGGGGUGUCUACGGACGCGGUGUUGGAGGCCAGCCUCCUCUCGGCGAAGGUGAUCUCCUCUACGACAUCGCCCAAGGUGCCGCGCUUGCUCUGGUCAUGGAUGUCAUCGCACCAACAAUCUCCAAGGACGCUCAGGCCAUCAUCAAGUCCAAGGGCAAGUGGAAAGGCACACGGUUCAUCAAGAAGACCAUCUACGAGGAGCUUGACUCGAACAACCCCCGCCACGUCACCUCUUGGCUCAGUGCUGAGCUCAUGAUUGGCGGCCAGACCGUCAACGAGACCGUAAACAGAGGCAACCAGUAUGUCCCAGCUAUCGUGCAGUGGGCCUCUGACCCCUCGCACAAGCCUUAUCCGUACAUGGGCUUCUUCUCGCUAUACCCCAGCGCCUCAACCUUGAACGCAAAGGCCGAAGCAAACAAGUUGACGGUGUCUUACCCCAACACUACCCAGGAUGGAGCCAACAUCUUCACUUUUGCUCUGACUGGUAUUCCCCCUUCUUGGACUCUUGGUGGCAAGAACGUUGUCAAGGGGCUUGAGAAGCUGCCAUGUCUUGAUGUGAACGUUACUGCACCAGGAUUGGUGAAGCAGGAUGUCGUUUACGGCGCUACACUGAGGGAUCACUGGAUCUACAACAUCUCGUACGCGGUGCCUGAGGGGUUCAAGGGUACCCCUAGUGUCACUUUGGACAUGACUUAUACCUGCUAG